CCGCGCUUUGAGGUUUCUGCGGACUCGCGCGCUGUUCAUUCCGCAUAUAUAUAUUUAUAAAGUUGAUAGGCAGAACGGGCGUGGCUGCGCUGAACCAUAGGUUUAUGAGGGCUUUUUUUCCCCCUCCCCUUUCUUCAUCAGGUCACGUCUUUGCUGUCAACUGUUUAAUGCGAGUGGAUAGGAUAGCUGGGAGGCAGAAUUUCGCCUGAGUGAGGGUUGUUGUUUUUUUUAAAAAUUUUUUUGGCGUUUUAACUGAUUAGUGCGUUGGAGUGCACGCGCUCCAGUGUGCACGCUUUUACCACCUGAAAGUAACUGUCUCUGGGUUGAAGGCGUUAGGCGCGAGACCAUUGACCUGUCGUGAAACCGCCUCGCGGUAACUUUGUGUCCAGAGCUUUGACUGCGUGCUGGUGUGUGGAUUUCUAACGUCAUCCGGUUGAUGGAGCGUCGCAGGCCUUCUGUUUUACAUUUCCCGAGUGCAACUUUUUGAAUUCGUGACAUAUUUUGCGGUCAUCCGUCGCGUGCGCCUUCUUCUCCAUUUCCGUUCCGUUUCUGUUGAGCAAAAAAAAAAAAAAAACACGGUCGAAUAACUGCGCGCGAGCCUGCAAGCUUUCUCGCGUCCCAGCUCGGUAUACCGUGUGGGUUUGUUUUUGAUUUUUUUUUUUUUUUGGUUUUGGCUUUUAAAAGCGCAGUUGUGCAGCGAGCCGGUAAUUUACUCGGAGCCAUGGGCUGUACGGUGAGCGCCGAGGACAAGGCGGCCGCCGAGAGGUCGAAAAUGAUCGACAAAAACCUCCGCGAAGAUGGCGAGAAAGCAGCGCGAGAGGUGAAACUGCUUCUGCUCGGUGCAGGGGAGUCUGGAAAGAGCACCAUUGUGAAGCAGAUGAAAAUCAUCCACGAAGACGGCUACUCGGAAGACGAAUGUAAGCAGUACAGAGCUGUGGUGUACAGCAACACCAUCCAGUCUAUAAUGGCCAUCAUCAAAGCCAUGAGUAACCUCAAGAUCGAUUAUGGCGAUCCAGCGAGAACGGAUGAUGCAAGGCAGCUCUUUGCACUGUCUGCCGCAGCGGAAGAGCAGGGAAUCCUCCCAGAUGACUUGGCCAACGUGAUCCGCAGACUCUGGACUGACAGCGGGGUGCAGGGCUGCUUCAGCCGCUCCAGAGAGUACCAGCUCAAUGAUUCUGCUGCCUAUUAUUUGAAUGAUCUUGAGAGGAUAGCACGAGCAGACUACAUUCCCACCCAACAGGAUGUGUUGAGGACCAGAGUGAAGACUACCGGCAUCGUUGAGACUCACUUCACUUUUAAGGACCUGCACUUCAAGAUGUUUGAUGUUGGAGGGCAGAGGUCAGAGAGGAAGAAGUGGAUCCACUGCUUUGAAGGAGUGACUGCCAUCAUCUUCUGUGUGGCUCUAAGUGCCUACGACCUGAUGCUGGCUGAGGAUGAAGAGAUGAACCGCAUGCAUGAGAGCAUGAAGCUCUUUGACUCAAUCUGCAACAAUAAAUGGUUCACCGAGACCUCCAUCAUCCUCUUCCUCAAUAAGAAGGAUCUGUUUGAGGAGAAGAUCACACGCAGCCCUCUCAGCAUCUGCUUCCCUGAGUAUACAGGAGCCAACAAAUAUGACGAAGCGGCGAGCUACAUCCAGACCAAGUUUGAGGAUCUGAACAAGAAGAAGGACACAAAAGAGAUCUACACCCACUUUACCUGCGCCACCGACACCAAGAACGUACAGUUUGUGUUCGAUGCCGUCACUGAUGUCAUCAUCAAAAACAACCUGAAGGACUGCGGGCUUUUCUAAAGACAGUCAGGGAACAUGCCAAGUACUUCAGGAAGAGCUCAGCUGUGUGGUGCACCUGCAUUAGUGUCGGUCAUCACAGUGCCAGACUGCCUACAGCCAUCCAGACAAACGCUGAAUUUUCAUUUUGCAAGGGGGGGGCAAGAACCACAACGAAGAGAAAAUAUAUAUUGCAGAAUCCAAAAUACCCUUUCCUGUACCUGUACCUAAUUGUUAUUCCUUUUAUUUUCUGUAAAUAUUUUUGAGGUUAUUGUCUUUGGAAUGAAAAAGGCAACAAAUUGUUUCUGAUGUUUCUCUUUGCUCCUUGACUUUUUGUUUUUGAGCAUGACCGCGCAGAAGAAGAGAGUGGGGGGGGAUAUUUGAUAAAUAAACUUUCCUUUUCUUUAACAGAUGCGUAAAUCUUAAUAAACGUUAAUGUGUAAUGUCUUUUUGUAAAAAGCUAUGUAAGCACAGAUCGGGAUCAAUCCAACUUUUGCUUUGGUCUUUUUUUUUUUUUUUUUUUUAUAAA